CCACUUCACUGCCACUGUGACUGUUGCUCGACCAACAACGAAGCCAACCUUUCGUCUUUUCUACUGAUAACCUUUUUCAUUUUUGGUGUCAAUUGAAUACGAUUUUACUUUUUUAUUCGUCACAUCGAUUCGAAACAAAUUUUCCUAUCAAUUGCUGUGUAUUUUAAAAUUUUGCAAAACCAUUUAAUCAUUUGUAUUCGAACCAGCAAAGUUGUCGGUCAGUGUGUCGUCGGCAUAGAAAGUAAAGCAAUUCUCUCUUCUAAAAAUGUCCAUAACCGCAAAAGUGUUACAAAGUGCCGUGCGAGUUGCUUGUGCUUCUAGAAUUAGAUAUUCUGCUGCUAAUCAACAGAUUAGAUGUCUUAGUUUAACUAGCGUUAGAGCCGCAGAACGACUCUACACCGACAAACACGAAUGGGUAACAGUCGAUAAAAAUGUUGGCACAGUCGGUAUCUCGAACUAUGCUCAAGAAGCGCUAGGAGAUGUUGUUUACGCUCAAUUGCCUGACCCAGGCACAGACCUGACAUUACAUCAAGAAUGUGGAGCUCUCGAAAGUGUUAAAGCUGCCAGUGAAGUCUACUCACCCGUGUCUGGAACAGUUGUGGAGAAAAACACCGAAGUAGAAGAAUCACCAGCGUUGAUCAAUACAAAUUGUUACGAUAAAGGUUGGCUCUUUAAGGUCGAUUUAGCUGAUGCUGAAGAAUUGAAAAAGCUGAUGAAUGAAAAUCAGUAUCAAGAGUAUUUAAAGACAGAUGCACAUUGAUUUUAUUUUAAAAGCCCUAAAUUAUUUAAAUUAAGUAUGUUUUUUUGUGUGCUGUAACAAAUUAAUUAUUAUUUCUUAAGAAAAGUUGGA